CUUCCGAGCAGAUCCCCAGCCAUUGGGUUGCUGUGCGCGCCUAUGCAUUUAUCACCCAGUAGCUUUAUAUAACCACGGCUUCAGGCUCCACGCUAAGGCAUCCUUGGAGUUGCAGGUCAGCAGAGCAGGCCCUUGUCAAACUACAACUUCCAGGAUCCCGUGGCAGUUCGAAUGGUGUCCAAACAAGGGAUAAGAAAGAAAGGAUGACCCGCAACCCCAUCUACGACGACCCCGAGCCCUAUGCCGACCCCCGUCGCGGGGUGCCGUCGUCCCCCCGGAAGAUCAGCCUUGUGGGGCGACUGCGGCUCACGCAACCCGUUUGGCUCCAGAUGGGCCUCAACUCAGCCGCUGCGCUCCAUAUCCUACAACGGGAGCCUCCCGGGACGUUUCUGGUGCGGAGAUCCAAUGUGCGCCGAUGCCAAGUGCUCAGUUUGCGUCUCCCUGACAACUCCUCACCGGCUUUUGUCACGACUUACCGCUUGCACCAGGAGCGGGCUGUCGUCUUUUUGGAAGGCUCGGACCUGACUUUCCCCAGCCUCCUGCACCUCAUCGCUGCCUAUUGCUCCACCCCGGACAUCCUCCCAGUUCCUUUACGCCUCCCACGGCCCAUCCGGGAAGCGUCCUCUUGCCAGCAACUGGAGGCUAUUGCGCAUUUAGGACUCGAGUUCUGGAGUUCUUCUCUCAACGCCAAGGAGUCCGACCGACUGGCUCUGAUGGACACAACAUCGCUCGACCCCACAAGAGACUCCAUAGAGCCGGCUUACGGGAAGCCCCUCCGACCCCAAAGGCACGGAGAAUCGGUCGCCCGCCGUCAACAGUUCAAAAGCAACCUCAAGGUGCAAGUGUCCACCGAAGCUGCGAGUCCGUUGUCCCCGCCGGCCGUCCCUCCACCCCCCGUCCCCAUCGCGGCGAGGCACCCGCCUCAGUUUCCCAACCGGCAACCGAUGAGUAAUAAGGUUUCACCGCCAUCACAAGGACUUGCCAAACUGGAAACCUAUCAUGUCCCUCGGAGAAAGGAAAAGGAAACGGGUGAAACACCGGGACCGGAUGGAUGCCCUCUGGCUCCUUCGGGACAACUGCGCCGUCUGACGGAGGAGGACCAGAGUCACUUUCCUUGGGAUUUCCCGACCCAAGAAAGUGCCAAACUGGGACAUGGAGUAAGAUAUAGGAUCCUAGAAUCCUAGACCACGAAAUAUGGGGAGUCCAUCACUCUCCAAAGGGAGAAGAAAGCCUUGGAGACUGAGCAUAGGACUUAUUGUAAAUGCUUUUUAACUGUUUGUUUGUAAUAGUUCGAUAUUUAAUCUUAUAUUAUGAGCAGUCCCCGAGUUACUAACAGGUUUGUUCUUAAGUUGAAUUUGUAUGUAAGUCGGAACAGGCACAUUUCCUAAAUCUAACUCCAGCCAUAUCUAUAUCU